ACCAAUUCGUUUACGGAUGAGUCAACUGGUGGCGCGUCUGAUAUUUAUCGACGAGCCAGUGAAUUGGAGCUGUAUGCGGACGAAAGGUUACGGCAAAUGAUCGAAACAUCUGAAAAGAAGAAAAAAAAGAGACUGACGUUGAAUUGCUGUCAGAACACUUUGAUGUCUUCUGGAAGCAGCUCAGCAUUCGUGCACAACUCAUCAGCGCCGCCAGCUCUAACCGCUGGAAGUAUGGUACCACAUGGUGCUGAUGCGUUAACACUACCAAUUGCACGACCAACAUUAAAUGGAAUUAACAAUAUUAAUAACAGUACAAAUGCAAACAAUAAAAUUAUCAAUAGUAAUAAUCACAACAUUAAUGGUAACAAUCGUAAUCACGGUUCAAUGUCGUCAUCUCCUAUAUCAACAUUCAAGGCGUCAUCAAUUCUGCUUAUAACUCUUCUAGUUAAUCAACCUCUAGUUUGA